AUGGCGAGUUUAUCUGAGAUCCAUGAUGGCUCUGCAUUUCCCAAACCAUUCACCUGUGAACAUUGCUCACAGGCAUUUUCCACUGAGUCAGAUUUGAGGAGACAUCUAAAAACCCAUACUGAAGGGAAACCAUUCACCUGUGAACACUGCUCACAGGCAUUUUCCACUGAGUCAGAUUUAAGGAGACAUCUAAAAAUCCAUACUGAAGGGAAACCGUUCACCUGUGAACACUGCUCACAGGUAUUUUCCACUGAGUCAGAUUUAAGGAGACAUCUAAAAAUCCAUACUGAAGGGAAACCAUUCACCUGUGAACACUGCUCACAGGCAUUUUCCACUGAGUCAGAUUUAAGAAGACAUCUCAAAACCCAUACUGAAGGGAAACCAUUCACCUGUGAACACUGCUCUCAGGCAUUUUCCACUGAGUCAGAUUUAAGAAGACAUCUCAAAACCCAUACUGAAGGGAAACCAUUCACCUGUGAACACUGCUCUCAGGCAUUUUCCACUGAGUCAGAUUUAAGAAGACAUCUCAAAACCCAUACUGAAGGGAAACCAUUCACCUGUGAACACUGCUCUCAGGCAUUUUCCACUGAAACUUCUGAUUUAAAAACACAUCUGAGAGUUCACACCGGCGAGAAACCAUUUGCCUGUGAACAUUGUUCAAAGCAAUUUUCCAGAGCGUCAAGUUUAAAGAUACAUCUGAGAAUCCAUACUGGCAAGAAGCCAUUUUCCUGUGAAUUGUGUUUUAAGGAAUUUUCUCAGUCAGGAAGUUGGAAAGCACACUUAAGAACCCAUACAGGGGAAAAGCCAUUUUCCUGUGAAGUGUGUUCUAAGAAGUUUUCUAAACUAUCCCACCUGAAGCGCCACUUGAGAACCCAUACUGGGGAUGAGCCUUUUUCCUGCUAA